CUCCGAUUGGUCAGAAUCUUGUGAUCUGCAGUCACGUGGACUCGGGACGCGGAAGUGUGGGUUUCCAGGAAGCUUGAUUCCCUCCGUGGCCUGUGUGUGUGUGUGUGUGUGUGUGUGUGUGUGUGUGUGUGAUGGAUGCUCCGCUGUGUGUGCUCUUCAGCGCCGCGGUUCUGAUCCGCCUCGUGCUGCUGUGCUUCGGUGUGUACCAGGAUCAGAAUCUGCAGCUCAAGUACACGGAUGUGGAUUAUCACGUGUUCACUGACGCGUCCAGGUUCAUCACGCAGGGUCAGAGUCCGUACGAGAGAUCCACGUACCGCUACACGCCUCUGCUGGCUCUGGUUCUGACGCCGAACGUCCUCCUGAGCGCUCACUGCGGGAAGCUGCUGUUCGUGGGCUGUGAUCUUCUGUCCGCUCUGCUGCUCUUCCGGCUGCUGCUUCUGCGCGGCGCGGCCCGGAGCUCGGCGAGGGUUUACUGCGGUCUGUGGCUGUUCAACCCGCUGACCAUCGGUGUGUCCACCCGCGGGAAUGCCGAGUCUCUGCUGGCCGUGCUGGUUCUGUUCACCUGCUGUGUCUGGACCUUCGGUCUGUCUGUCCACAUGAAGAUCUACCCGGUCACUUACGCGCUGCCCAUCACUCUUUCCCUGGCCGGAGCACCGUCCCGCGGCCGAGGACUGAUCCAGAACCUGCUCCGCUGCUUCAACAAGGACCUGCUGCAGUUUGCGGCUGUUUCUGGAUCGGUGUUCUUCGCUCUGAACCUCACCUUCUACAGCGUGUACGGCUGGGAUUUCCUCCAGGAGUCUUAUCUGUUCCACCUGACGCGCAGAGACACACGUCACAACUUCUCUCCGUACUUCUACAUGCUGUAUGUGACGGCGGAGCAUCGCUGGAGCGGUGUUCUGGUGCUCGUCUGCUUCCUGCUGCAGCUGCUGCUGCUUUUGCUGUCCUCGCUGGCCUUCUGCUGCUCCAUCCACACCGCCGUCUUCGUCGGCUUCAACAAAGUCUGCACUUCACAGUAUUUUCUGUGGUAUCUGUGUUUGCUGCCGCUGGUUCUGUCUCGACUGACGCUGGGUCUGGGACGAGGCCUCGGGCUGCUGCUGCUGUGGUUUGUGGGACAGGCGCUGUGGCUGUCGCAUGCGUAUUAUCUGGAGUUCGAAGGCUGUAACAGCUUUGCGCUCAUCUGGAUCGCCGGCCUGCUGUUCCUCCUCAUAAACUCUCUCAUACUGGGACAAAUAAUCUCCCAUUACAGACCCGCAGAGGGCCAGCUGAAGAAGAGAGAGUGACAGACGCCGACCUGAACAUCAUCACUUCACAUAUCAUGACACCUUGAAUAAUACUCCUGAGCAACGAUCACAUGGAAAGAUAUGUAAAGAGUGUUUCUGCGUGUCUGGAUUUAUUUUCAUGCAGAUGCUGGAGAUGGACGAGCUGACCACUAGAUGUCGCCCACAGCAGUUUUACAGAUCUGAUGUUGAACAAGUGGAGACAGACUUUGUGCUGGAUUUGAAACACUUUAAACACAGACUACAUUUGAGACGGAGUCAGUUGCUCUCACAGAUGGACUUGUGUUUGUGUAAAUGCUCGUGAUAACGAGUGUUUGUGUCCAUGCAGAAAUUAUCACAAUGUGAACAAACAUGUUUUAUGAACGAUAUCUACACGUCAGAUCUUACAUGUGUGAGUGAAGAGACAAGCUCCGCCCACCCGACGAUGUCAGCACCAAUAGGAGGGCGUGUUGAGUGGUGGUGGGCGGGGCAUCUGAUGGUCCUGAUGGCGUGUGGAACGAGAAGAAAGCGGCUCAAUUCAAAGAAGAUUCACUGCUGAAGCUGAAUAAUCCAGCUCUGGUCCGAGAGAAGAAGGGGUUAAACAGGAUUAUCAUCUCACCUGCUGGGACUAGUUUGCUCUCUCUGUGUUUGCUUCAUUACAGCAGAACCAUGAUUUAAGCUUUAAAAAUUUUUCUGUUGUCACAUAAUGUUCUGGUUAACUUUUUUCCAAAAUACUGGCCGCAGUUAUUGAAUGAACAGAACCAGUCUGCAGAUCUGUUUAUGUCUGACACUCAUAUUUCUCACACACAGUGCUGUCUUAUUCAAGUGAUCAAAAGAAGAAUGUGAAUCACAAGUGGAAAUUAUUAUUUCUGUCAUUAUUCAUAUUAAAAUACUGCAAUAGUA